AUUUCCUGAUUGGAUGAGUUUGACGCCGCGUGCGGACAGACAGCCAGCUGAAAGAGGUCGCGUGUCUGCUGCCUGUCAACCUCUUGAUAACUACAUACUCAGUUCACAUUUGUAUCCACGCGUAAAAAUCAAUCAUGGAAUUAUUGAAUCGAUACCUGGACAGGAGUAACUCAGUUAGCUCCGUCUUGACCCAAGAGGUUAUCAGGGAGGAGACCCUGAGGGAUGACCUGAAGUAUUACUUCAUGAGCCCGUGUGAGAAGUACCGGGCCCGACGACAUUUACCCUGGAAACUGGGGGUGCAGAUACUUAAAAUCAUCAUGAUCACUACACAACUCAUCCUGUUCGGCCUCAACAACCAGCUGGUGGUGUCCUAUAAGGAGGAGAACAUGAUGACGCUGAAAAACCUUUUCCUGAAGGACUACAGUGGAGUGGAUGAGGAUGACUACUGUGUCGCCGUCUACACGCAGCAUGGCGUCUAUGAAAGUCUGUUUUAUGCCCUGGAUCAGUACAGCCAGUUGGGCCGCCUUUCUGUGGGUCCCAUUAGUUACGCUGAGGAUGAUGACGGCAAGCUGCUUCCUCUCAUCAUCUGUAAGGAGUACUACAAGAGAGGCACUGUGGAGCCCUCAGAUGAGGCCUUUGACAUAGACGCUCAGCUAGAAACAGUUUGUAUGUCACAUGAUCCAAAGACUGCGAACCAAUGGAAAACCCAGAAUUCAUCCUUCUUUGAUCUAGACUUUUACAGGCUUGUUGACAUGAAAAUGACCUUCCAGCUGAAAGGAAUCAACCUUCAGACAGUGCGAUCCCGCGAGUUACCUGACUGCUACUUCUUCUACAUCACGAUAACAUUUGACAACCAGUGUCACAGUGGAAAAGUGAAAAUCUUCCUUGACAUAGACGCUCAAAGCAGUGCCUGUCAAGGCUGGAAAAUAUCUGGGACAGCUCAGAAAAACACUCACUAUCUCCUGGUAUUUGACGGCUUUGUCAUUCUUAUUUGCCUGACAUCAGCUGUGCUGUGCACCCGUUCCAUCAUUCUGGCUGUCAGGUUACUCCAGAGGUUUUCCAGAUUCCUUCAUGAGAACUACAAUCGUAAAGUGUGUGAGGAUGACCAGAGCGAGUUUCUGAAUGGCUGGUAUGUUCUGGUUAUCGUCAGCGACCUCUUGGCAACAGUUGGAUCCAUACUUAAGAUGGAAAUAAAAGCGAAGAGUCUGACCAGUUAUGACGUGUGCAGUAUCUUCCUGGGAACGUCUACUUUAAUGGUGUGGGUCGGCGUGAUCAGGUACCUCGGAUACUUCCAGAAAUACAACGUGUUAAUUUUGACCAUGAAAGCAGCCUUUCCCAAAGUGCUUCGUUUCUGCUGCUGUGCUGGCAUGAUCUACCUCGGCUACACCUUCUGUGGCUGGAUCGUACUGGGGCCAUACCAUGAAAAGUUUGAAAGCCUGAGUCGUGUAGCAGAGUGUCUGUUCUCCCUCCUGAACGGUGACGACAUGUUCACCACCUUUGCCCAGCUGAAGGACAAGAAAACUUUAGUGUGGCUCUUCAGCCGGGCCUACCUCUACUCCUUCAUCUCGCUCUUCAUCUACAUGGUUCUGUCGCUGUUCAUCGCCCUCAUCACUGAUUCAUACGAGACUAUAAAGAGAUAUCAAAAGGAAGGAUUCCCAUUGACAGACCUUCAGAAAUUCCUCAGAGAGCAGAAAGAUUUUCCUGUUUCAGAGGAGAGCAGUCAGACAGACGCCAAACUCCGAUACCCGGUGCUGUGCUGCUGCCAGAGAGUUCCUGAAAAUGAUGAUGUCAUACUGAUCAGCUGACAGGUUUCUCAUCUCCAGAUGAGACAACUCAGGGAGGAGGAGGGGGAUGCUGGGAACAGGACUUCACAUGUCUGAUUCAGAGUUACCAUUACAGGUGAUUCUGUCAAGUGCAAUAUCGACACCGAACAAGUUCCCUCUCUUGAACAUGAAACCGGACCUCAAGCUUGAGAGUUGGAAAAGGAAACAAAAAUGUUUUAUACCAGUUUGAAGAAAAGUUCAGGGUACUGUGAGAAUUUUCCUUUCCUUUCUAAGGUCUGAACAUGUAUUCAGUGGCCAAAGAUAUGAAAUCCGUGUUUCCUGCAUUUGGCUUUGAUGCAAAAGCUUUCUGCAGUAGUAGAUGUAAUUUAUUUGUCAAGUGUUCUUCUUGUAAAAACUUCAGUAAAACAAAUAUUUUCAUUAUGUGUUCUGUCUUUAUGCACAAUCCUUUGUUCUUUCAAAACUUUUGUAAAAAAAAAAAAAAAAUAGACUAUAAGAAAAGUGUUUCCCUAAUGGAUUAUUUACAUUUUUACUAAUGUUGGUGACAUUUGAAUGCAGCAGAUUUUGUUCUGUGCUUAUUAAACAACUAACCUGCU